AAUGCCACUGUUGCGACUGCCACACGUGUGGAUGAUGCUAUGGCUUACACUGCCCUGCCAGUACCAGUUGGGAGACUGUUCCAACUCAAGUGCCUCAACCCAGGAAUAAUCAGAUUCGGGCUGACAACUCUUACACCCGACAAAGCACCAUUGUAUAAGUGGCUCACAAAUGCAAUCUACGACCCUCACUACUGGGAGUGGUUCUCUGGACAUGUGUGGAACGGAGGGAACCAGAAAGCUGUCGAAUACGAUAUCCAGAAUGACGUAGGAAAUAACCACUCAUUGGGUAUGGCAGUGUAUCCCAAUGGAGAGCUGCAUGUGUUUGCAAACGGGAAAGACGUGGGGACACCGUGGCAGAAUCUUCCCCUGGACCUUCCACUGUACGGUGUCGUAGGACUGGAGAACUUUGGGAAAUAUGGAAGUUUCAAACUUGAGCCUAUGAGCUAUGUAGUAGCUGACUACAACUGCUUUUCUCCUCGACAUGGUGGUGGUGUGACCCUCUCUGAGAAUGCCACUGUUGCGACUGCCACACGUGUGGAUGAUGCUAUGGCUUACACUGCCCUGCCAGUACCAGUUGGGAGACUGUUCCAACUCAAGUGCCUCAACCCAGGAAUAAUCAGAUUCGGGCUGACAACUCUUACACCCGACAAAGCACCAUUGUAUAAGUGGCUCACAAAUGCAAUCUACGACCCUCACUACUGGGAGUGGUUCUCUGGACAUGUGUGGAAUGGAGGCAACCAGAAAGCUGUCGAAUACGAUAUCCAGAAUGACGUAGGAAAUAACCACUCAUUGGGUAUGGCAGUGUAUCCCAAUGGAGAGCUGCAUGUGUUUGCAAACGGGAAAGACGUGGGGACACCAUGGCAGAAUCUUCCCCUGGACCUUCCACUGUACGGUGUCGUAGGACUGGAGAAUUUCGGGACAUAUGGGAGUUUCAAACUUGGUGAGCACAUAUAG